AUGAGCCACUACGAUGAAGAACAAACACUCGCAGGCCCCAGCCCGAUAACGCCAGAAGUAGAACAAGCUGCACAAUGGACCGACAAAUUUGCCCCAUUUCCCGAGAUGUUAGAUCACAUUACAAAACCCAGAUCGCUCGUGACAUUUCGUGCAAUCCUCAUCGGGGCCAUCUGCGGAGUCCUAGUCAACGGAUCCAAUAUCUAUCUGGGACUGAAAACCGGAUGGACUUCAACAGCCAAUCUCCUCGGGUCCGUCGUUGGCUUCACCAUUCUCAAAAAAUGGUCGCAAGUCCACAAUCAUUCAUUCGGCCCACACGAGAACAAUAUCGUCCAAACCGUGGCGACCGCCUCAGCGGGAAUGUCGAACGCAUUUAUCUCAGCCAUCCCGGCAACAUAUCAAUUAGGGCUACUGAGUACCCCGUCGAAGGAUUUCGUGCGCAUUGUGCUGUUGACCGCCGCCGGGGGCUAUUUUGGUUUGUUAUCGGUUGCGCCUUUGAGGAAAUUCUUCAUCGAGAAGAAGUCGGCGCGGGAUCUCAAUCUCAUCUUCCCAUCUUCGACCGUGACGGCAUUGACGAUUCGGAACAUGCAUUCAGCAGCUGUACAUGCAGCUUCCGCCGUGCAACAGAUGAAGGUGACUCUGUGGGCGUUUUCUGGGGCGGCGGGGUUGAGAAUCAGCUCACCAUUAGCUGUAGGGUUAAUUUGGGAGUGGCACAUUUUUACAUGGAUACAUGCAACGGGACUUUUGGGGGACUUUGCCAUUGCGGCAGAAAGCUGGGGCUGGUUCUUGGAAUGGACUCCUGCGAUGAUCGGAUCGGGUAUGUUGGUUGGGACUAAUGUUGCCAGCUCGUUCUUCGCUGGCUCAGUUCUGGCAUGGGCCGUUACUGGGCCGUAUCUUGUGUCGCAAAAUAUGGCAUUUGGCUCGCCCAUCUCGUCGGACUCGUCCUGGUCUGGCCUGAUGUCUUAUACCUCUAUGUCGGCUGAAUAUGCAAAUGCUAAACACCCUAGUCCACGAUACUGGCUGCUCUGGCCGGGGGUGACAUGUAUGCUGGCAGUAGCACUGACCGAAUUGCUAUGUCAAUGGUAUACGAUAAUUCAGAGAAGUGAUGUCCCCUUUCUGCGACUGCUGAAGUCUGCCUGGGGUCAAUGGUCCUAUCCUUCUGUGCCGGAUGAAGAGCAUGAGGACAUUACACAAAACAAUAGUGAUAUUGCUAGCUGGAUGUGGGCACCUGGGCUUCUGGUUGCCAUUGCUGCUACGAUCUUGAGCAUGAAACUCGCCUUUGGCAUUUCGUUGCUGAAGAUUGUUCUCGCGCUAGGGUUGUCUUUUGUUCUGUCAAUUGUUGCCAUACAGGCAACUGGCGCUACUGGUGAAUCCUCAUGGUUUCCUCUAUUCUAUCCAGAUAUGUUGCCAACUAACCUUCGACCUUCAAACUCAGAUACAACUCCACUGACCGCAGUCGCGACCAUCUCGCAGAUUGUCCUCGGUGCAACUCACAGCGCUGACAGCGGGAAUCUAGCUCUCCGCCAACGACUAAAUCUAUUAGGUGGUGCUUUAGCAAAUAUCGGUGCCAACCAGGCUUGUGACCUAAUGGGUGACUUCCGCGUCGGCUACCUCCUACAAACCCCCGCGCGAUUUCAAUAUAUUGCUCAACUUAUCGGGACAUUUAUUGCCAGUAUUGUCGCCCCAGUGAUCUUUAAGCUCUUUACAACCGCCUACCCAUGCAUUAUCGAGAGCGAAAUUCGCAGUAACAUCGACAAAACCACUGAUCAGCAUCGCUGUGAAUUCAGCGGCCCAUCCAUCGCUACAUGGCGCGCGGUGGCCGUCGCAAGCACCAACAGCGCCUCGGGGCAGUCGGCUAUUCCAGCAACGAGCGGGGAGUUUGCCGUGCUGUUUGCGGCCGUCGGCGUGAUGAUUGUCUUGGGGCGAAAUCUCCUAGGAAUCUCCCCAGUCAAGGCGUAUUUGCCAAAUAUGAUGAUCAUGGGGCUGGCGUUUACGAUGCCUUCGCCACCAUAUGGGAUUGCUAUGUUGAUCGGGGCAUUGGGGGCGAAGAUAUGGAAGUCAAGGGAAAAGAGGGCGUUCGCAAGCUAUUCAUCCGCCGUGGCUGCGGGGCUCAUGGCUGGGGAAGGGAUUGGGGGCAUUGUUAAUGGGGUGCUGACAAUUGUGGUGGGUUGGGGAGGGGAUGGUUGGGGGACGGCCUUGGGAUGCCCUGCUGGACGGUGCUAG